AAAGGAACAACACCCCCCUCUCCGCCUCAAACUCCAAGAAGUUGACUACCGCUCGCGCUCAGCUCAAGUCGCGCAUUACGAAACACAACAAGCGCGCUACAGAGCUUCUAGGUCGCCGUUCGGACAUCGAAGAGUACCAGUUUGUCGAUGACGCCUUGUUCACGGCUGGCGUCCGACUUACGGACCUCAUGACGGAGGAGGAAUGGGACACUGGCUCAUCCCGAGCGUCCCGAGAUCCCAGCCAACGCCAUCCCGAGUUUUACGGUCUCGACUUGGCCUCGUCACGUCCAAUGCCUUUACAAUCGGAGCGUGAAUCGCUGGCUGGCGCUUACGAAAUCGCCUUGCUCAUAUCCUGGAUGCAGCAUCUCUUGCACGAGAUUUGUAUGAGCCUAGUUGUUCAAGUCGAGAUCUUCCGGAGGACUAUUCGGCGGACUCCCGGCGGCAAAGGCUUAUCGCAGAGAGAGAAGGCGGUCACCUCCGUCAACUUGCGCGAGCAGUACCAGUCCGUCCGUCUCUACGCCCAGCAAUACAACGUGUUUUACGACAAGGUUAAGCUCAUGAAGGCCGCCCCGGGGGUCACGCAGCAUCCAGAGUACCUGGCCAAGCAACAGAGGUCGUUCGGUCGAUAUAGAAGACUUACAAAGGAUGAUAUCAAGAGCGACUGGAAGGCCUACGAUACUAUGGGCAACGGCACGUUCAAGCUCCCGUGGUUUUGGAAGCUCAACGCUCGGGACCCGGAUAUCUCAGACGAGAACUUCAUUCAAGACUGUGAGUCGCAAGUGCACACCCACCCACAUAAGAUUUAA